GCGUGGCGGGAGCCGCGCCUGAGCGCGUCGCCGCCCGCCGCGCGCGGCUGGGCCGGCCCCGCGGCGGAGCUCCCCUCGGUGCUCACCACCGUGGAGGCCACUGCACUGGUCCGCUCGCAGCUGCAGCCCUCGGCCGGCGGCGGCGGCGAGGAGGGCUGGCUCCUCCACGCCUCCGCGGACUCCGCCGCCUCGGUCAUCGACCGCGCCUACGCCGCCGCGUUCGCCGCGAGGGCCCAGGCGGACCGGCCAGGUCGGGCGGCCGACGCCUCGCCGCAACGAGGCGGCCGCCGCGCCGCGGACGCGGCCUCGCCGUGGCGGGAGGCCGUCGACUGGAGCCUGGAUCUCUCGGGCCUGCCGCCCCCGCCGCGGCUCCCGAGCGCCAGAGGCCCAGACGUCAGCUGCACCGAGAGCACACCGCGGUCGUCCGGCCGCAGGGCCAGCAACCGCUCAUCCGCGGGCGACGUCGUCAAGCGCGGGGAGCUCUGGGGGCUGCGGCGGGAGCAGAGGAUCGAGCGCCUCAGGCGCUCGAACGAGCAGCGGGAGCUGGAGGAGUGUUCGUUCUGCCCGCAGAUGCAGCGCCGCGGCCCGGCCGCCCCCCGCGGCCUCGUGCGUAGCGCGAGCGAGGCGCUCGCAUCGCGGCUGUGCUCGCCGUCGACACUGGGGCACCGCCGGAACGAGGAGGCAAGGCACUCGUCGCUGCUGCGGAGCAUGCAGCAGCUCCAGGAGUGCACCUUCGUGCCCGACCUCUCGAAGAGCGCCUCCAGCUUCGAGGCCACCGGCGGGCGGCGCCCCCCAGAGGCGCGCGCGCAGCGGCGGCAGGCCGAGGCCGAGGCCGAGGCCAGCAUCGCGGAGGGCCGGCCGCGGACCAACGACCUGGCGCCGCACAUGGCGCGGGCGCAGGCGUACGUGGGCAAGAGCGUGUUCGACCGCCUGGCCGAGCCGCAGCCAGACCUGCCCCGCGCCGUGCCCGAGGCCCCGGCGGAGCCGCCCGCGCCUGCGGCCGCCCCCAGGGAGGCCGUCUUCGAGUUCCUGCGCCGCCAGAACUGCCACGAGGAGGAGCGGCUGCGGAGGCUGGAGCAGCUCGAGGCCAGCACGGCCCCGCCGCUGCGCCCCGACCUCAGCGACCGCUCCAGGCGCCUCGCCCUGCGCCGCGCCCGGCGCGCCCGCAGCGCCGACGCCGGCGGCGCGGAGUGCCAGAGCCCGCGGGCGGCCUCCGUGGGGCCGCGGGCCGGCGGCGGGGGCUCGGCCUCGGAGUGGUCCUUCCGCCCGGAGAUCAGCCGGUCGUCCGCGCGGAUGCCCUGCCGCGGCUGCGCGCAGAUGAGCACCGGGGACUGGCUCCGCCGUGAGGCGCCCGGCCUCGACCCGCGACGCUCGCGCCCAGCAGGAGCCGCUGACCUUCGAGCCCCAGCUCGCCCCGCCUCCCGAGGGCGUCCGGGGCGAGAGCCGGCUGCGGCUGUUGGACGACCCAGGCAGCUUCCUGGCGACCCUGCGGAGCGAGCAGAGCGCCGCCGAGCGGCGCAGCGCCCUCGAGCAGCGCGAGCGCUGCGAGCGGGAGCUGGCCGCGUGCACGUUCCGGCCGCG